AUGGCUGAGGUUGCAGGAAUACUUGUCUCUCCCUUUCUCCAAGUCUUUUUUGAACGAAUGGCAGCUGGCGAGUUCGUUGGCUUCUUUCAGGGACGAAAACUCAACGAGGGACUCUUACAAAAGUUGAAGAUAUCAUUGCUGUCAGUGAAUGCACUGCUUGAAGAUGCGGAGGAAAAACAACUUACAAAGCCUGCGGUGAAAGCGUGGCUCAAUGAGUUGAAAGAUGCUAUGUAUGAUGCAGAAGACGUCUUGCACGAGAUAGCCACUGAAGCCUUGCAACGUAAGUUGGAUGCUGAAUUUCAAACCACUGCAAGUAAGCUACUAAGCCCUAUCUCUACUUUUUUUAGUCGUUUUGUCAAGGAGAUAGAGCCAAAGAUAAAAUUUCUACUAGACAAACUAGAAUAUCUAGCAAAACAAAAGGAUGUUCUAGGUUUGAAAGAAUUGGAGGAGAAUCGUUAA